GAGCCAGGCCCAGUCAAACCAAACCCGCCUCAAUUCCCUCCCUCCCUCUCGAUAUCCUGAGCACCAUGUUCUCUCGGACCACGCUCGCCCGGGCAUUGGCCCUUCCAAUCGAGCAGUCCUCCGCCCGAUGCGCCAGCACCACCUUCCGGGCCUGCCUUCACCAAGCUACUUCUACAACAACACAACCAGAAGCGCCCUUAAGCGCAACCCCCCGAGCCCAAACCUCCAAUCCGAUCCAACAACAACGCUUCUUGACCCCCUCCAACACCGUUCCCAUAACCCGCGCCGAUGUGCCCAUCACCAAACAACCCGUGGCCCCGGCCUUCGACGCCCCAUUGAAAGUGUCCCAAUCCCUCCUCGAAUUGCUUCCCAACCUCACCUCGCAAAAGCCGCACUUCAUCACGGCCCACCUUCACGACAGACCCUACCUGCUCACUGCAGGCGAUCAACUCCGUCUGCCCUUCCUAAUGCCCAAGGUCAGACCGGGCGAUAUCCUCCGCUUCAACCGGGCGUCCUUGCUCGGUUCUCGCGAUUUCACCCUCAAGGGAGGAGAACAGUAUCUUGAUGAGCGGCUGUUCGAGUGCCGUGUCCGGGUCAUGGGAGUUGAGUCCGAGCCCCUGCGCAUCACUGAGAAGACGAAGCGGAGACGACGCCACGUGCAGAAGGUCACGAGCAAGCACCGCUACACGAUUCUGCGGGUCAUGGAUGUCAAAGUAAAGACUGCGGAGGAGUUGCUUGAGGAUGGUGCUGUUGUUGUGGAGAGUGCUGAUUCGGCGGCUAAUGUGGAACUCAAGGCAUGAAGGAACAUUCGAGUUGAAGCGGGAGGAAGGAGGAGAUCACGGACAAAAAUGACCGGAACGUAUGGCUGCUGAGCCAUUUCCUUCGGACCAUUGUUAGAGGUGUGGGUUACAGCUCAUGAUGGGUUUUAUGCUGUGUUAUAUCCAUUGCUCGGAACCGCGGAAUGCGGUGGACCAUGUACAGAUAGGACUCUGUUUUUUUUUUUUUUGCACAUUGAGGCGUGCAAUUGUAUUCUAUUCUAUAAUUGGGUUUCAAAUGUUCAAUUGUUCCUUGC